AUGUCGCAAGGAGGCCACUCGGUCCGGCAAGGAGCUCCCAGCGGUGUGCAGUCUAACUGCUCGGAAGUUCCCAAAACCGACCGCGGAGGCAGUGCGGAACGUUUUUGUCGGCUGCGACGAGCGUCUACAGCUCGUCGACCCUGGUCUAUGCCAGAUUCCAUUGAAGUAGGGGUCCCCCGGAUGUCCAUUGCAUUCCAUGCCGGCGGGUUGUAG